UCUCAUUCACUCACUCACUCAGAGACAAACACAUGAGAAGUCACUGGAGCUCUUAUUGCGCUCUUAUGAGCAGCAAAACCAAAACUUUUUCCGUCAUUUUUUUCAUGCUAAAAAUACUUUUACAACUUUGGAACUCUUAGCAGUUUUUAUUUUACCUGAAAUAUUUCCUUCACCAGAAAUUUUUCAUUUGUGUGAAGGAGAUGGAAGCAGAGGAAAGUAAAAUAUCAGUGUGGCUUUGCCGAGAAGAGAAGCUCGUGUCGGGUUUGUCAAAGCGCACGACCUGCGCGGAUGUGAUCCGUGUGUUACUGGACGAACAGAACCAGGCCGAACUCUCUCUGUCCGGUUCGCCCCGGUCCUACUGCAUAGUGGAGAAAUGGCGAGGAUUUGAACGCAUUUUACCCAACAAAACCAAAAUCCUGCGCCUGUGGAACGCGUGGGGAGACGAGCAGGAAAACGUCAGGUUCGUGCUGGUGAAAAACGAGGCGUCUGUGUCCAGCAGCGGGCCGCGGAGCGCGGAGGCGCGCGUGGUGCUCAGCAAGGAGAGCCCGUGCGCGUACAAGGGGACCGCGCGGGUGACCAUGGCUCUGUCCCAAGAGAAACAAAGACGGAUUGUGAGAAAAGCGUUCAGAAAGUUGGAUAAGAUCAAUAAGAAAAAAGCGCAGUCUAAGAACGUAUCCAAGGACGCAUCGUCUAUGGAAAAGAUGGAGACUAUGGUGCACCUGGUCCUCUCUCAAGAUCACACCAUCCGCCAGCAGAUUCAGAGGAUUAAAGAGCUGGACAGGGAGAUCGACAGGUACGAGGCUAAAGUGCAUUUUGAUAGAAUGAAGAUGCAUGGGAUAAAUUAUGUCCAGGAUACCUAUUUGGUGGAAUCAAACCCUGAUAAAAACUUGCUUGGUGGUGACAAAAUGACUUCGGCUGAAGCUCUUGCCCAGUUUGAGGUAUACGCUGAAAGAUGUGAGGAGGUGAUUAAGCUCCAAGAUGAUCUAGCUGAGCAAGAGGCUCUUAUGGAGAGCAUCACGUCCGAAAUUCAAGAGGAACUCAAUCAAAGGUGGAUGAAAAGAAGACACGAGGAACUUUCUAAUAAACACCCCUAUGAGGCGUCUCAUAGGGUUGCAGAUCUGACUCAAGAAAGCAAUGCUGUGUCCUCCGAAAAUGAGCUGGUUUUGGAAGAGGAGAGGAUCAGAACCCAACUGGACACGAGUUUGUACAUCGGUCUGCGGUUGAACACGGAUUUGGAGGCUAUAAAGAAUGAUUUGGAGUUGACCAAGGAAAUAUGGGAUGCAAAAGAGAACGAGCUGAUGGAUUUGCUGAAGAAGGUGAACUCUGUGGAUUUUGAGGAGGACAUUGAGGCAGAUGUUGCGCUGAAAGGAGAAACGAUAGAAACAGAACAACUGAUGGAACUGCAGGGAGACGAUGUGUGGGUCGAGCAGGCAAGAGGGCUUUCAAAGACAUGUAACAUUAAUGAUGACGAUUCAGAUACGGGACUCAGUUCAAUGCAUAGUCAAGACUCGGAUAUCACGACCAUCUUUGAAUCUUUAGUGUAAAUCUACUGAAGUGGGAAGAGUUCAGGUUUCUUUCCACCCUUUAUCACGACAGCUUGUAUUCAUACCAACAGGAUAACUAAAUGGUUAACUAUGCACUUAAAGUUGUUCAUCUACAAUAAUCAGUGUUAAUUUAACCACACUGUAAAAAUGCAGCAUUCACAAAUGUAUUUUUAUGUUUCUUUAACUUAACUAAUUAAGUUAAACAAUUUCAACUUGUUUUUAUAAGUUAUGUCAACUUAUCACAGGUCAAAACUUGGCUUGCAAAACCACUUCAUGCUACAUUUUUUCAGUGCAAAAUGAAGAUAAGAAUUUGUUAACCCUUUAAAUGUUUUCAGAUUUGUGCAUAAUGUGCACCAAAUAUGACCUAAAUACUUUAGUUAAAAACAUCACUGGGGUUUAUAGACUUAAAAUUGUUGUAUUCCUUUAGCACCAAAAUUUGGAACCCUGCUCUAGACCCAGAUUUAAAAAUGGUGAUAAGUACAGUAUUAAACAUUGGAUAAUCCAUGCUUACAUGUGCACUUGUCAGGAAAACAAAUCUAUAAAAGGUGUCACUGGGAUGACACCCUUUAAAAAUGUUGUAAUAUGUACUGUUAAGGUACAGAUGUGCACCUUUGAGGUACCAAUAUGCACCCUUUAGGGGGCCGUCCCAGAGACAGCCACAGAGAGUGUGGUCUUAAAGGGACAGUCACCCAAAAAAUGAAAAUUCUGUCAUCAUUUUCUCAUUCUUGUGUUUUUGCAAUUUAUUUAAGCUACAUUUAAACAAAAGUUUUUUUGUUUUGUUUAAAAAAAAAAUUUGUUUAAAUGUAGCUUAAAUAAAUUGAUUGCGACCACUUACCUUAAAAAAAAUUCGUAAAUUGAAAUUGAGAAAAUGUGUUAGUUAAGGUGGGUGGGGCCAGUUGCGUGGCAUUUAAAGGGGCGGGUUGUAUGCGUCAUGAUGAAAAAGAAAAUAUUUUUAUUAAAAACACUCAAAACUUAAUUUUGAAGAAACUAUGACAAAAAAUGAACACAUACUAGAUUAUUAAUAAAUUAAAUGUUUUUAACAGAUACUUCUAAACGGGAAUAGCUGCGUGAUGAAGUGAAACUAAAGGGUUAAUAAACAAAACUUAAGUAGUUCUGAUGAACGAUGAUAGAUAGCGCGAACCAUUCGUUCUCUCAUUUCGGUCGCGUGGCACGCGUGCACGCUUACGGUGUGAAGCGCGUCCGCACUAUUCUCUGAGAUGUUUUAUCAACUGGCUAGUUAUCCUCGAGAUAGUGACGACCACGUCUUUCUAUCAUUUUGGCCGUGUGGGGCGCACGCCCGCUUGUGGUGUGAGGCGGGUCCACGCUAUUCUCCCAGAUGCACUUGCUGGCCUUUUGUGCAGCAUUUUUUUUUUUUUUUGGGAACAACCUAGUUAAGGCAAAGUGCUGCAGGAAACCCUGGAAUGAAUAAUUUUUUCAGUGUGAUUGUAACCAUAGACUUCCAUAGUAGGAAAAACAAAUACGAUGAAAUCCAAUGGGUACCGUCAGCUGUGUGCUCCCCGUCAUUUAUCAAAAUAUCUUCUUCAUCAUUUAUUAAAAUACUUCCAUAAUAUUUGUUUUCUCUUCUAUGGAAGUCAGUGGUUAUAAUCAGCUGUAUGCUUACCAUUAUUUAUCAUGAUGGACAUGAGGAUGAAAAAAAUAAUGACAGAAUUUUCAUUUUUGGUUAAACUAUCCCUUUAACACAAAGUGUAAAAAACUGCUUUUAUAAAUCCUGUGUCCUGCAAAUGAAUUAUUCUUACUGAUAAAUAUUACAAUACGGUCUAGUCAGUCUCUAUGUUAUGAUAAAAGUUGUGAAGGUCUGAGUUAUGGUGCUUAAAAUGUGGCCAUGUGUUGUUGUUAACCAUGACAGAUAAGAAAGACUGUAAAGAUUAUCUUUAUUUUGAGUUAUCUGCAUUGUUUACAUACUGUAUUAAUGAUUUAAAGUGGACCAAUAGACCUUUCAUUAUCAGAGCAUUUUUAUAAUACUGUACUAUAAUAGAGGAACCAUAUAGUUUAGUAUUGUAUGACCAGAUGUAAAUGUUGAGAUUCAUAUGAUAAAACAAUCAGGAUCUACGAUGAAGUAAACUAUUGUGCAAUGCUUUUUUACGACCUGCUACAUGCACUGAAACUGUUUCAUAUUUUACCCCAAAAAAUCUAAAGAUGUUUAUCAACAUAAACAAAGACCACGUGUAACGCUAAUACUGUUUUCAGUUUGUUCCUAAUCUCACACAAAGGGGUACGUUGCAAGUGUUUUAUGUGUUUCCUUGGUUGCAUUGUUGCGACACCAUUGUUCAGACCGAAAGGUAACUUACUCUGAAAGGGUAACUGUGGGGGAACAGGGUAGGCAAGUCGAUGGCUUAAAUCUUACGCAACUACAUGUGCCAUAUCCUGGCAGGGAAUAACUGCGGAUGUACAAUUUUAUAGAGCAUUGUGAAAGUAAGGCAUUUACAAAACAUACGUGUUCAUACCUCGGGCACGCAGGAGCAAAACAUCACAACCACAAAAGAUUUGAAUCACAUAAAGGCAAAAGACUUCAGGCUCAUUCAGGAGAUAUUAUUGAACCCAAUGCCAGUUUGGCAGGGUCACUGCUAUCAUGCUUUACUGUGAAUAGCCUUUAGCUGAGACUAGAGGAAUCCUUUUGAGACGCAGGUGCUGUAUUACAUACAGUAGGUUGUGCCAAUUGUUGUGCUUUACCGAAAGACAUUUGGUCCUUUCUUCCAUUGUGGUGGUUCCUGGAAGCCUGAUUGAGGUUUCAUGUUGUCAAAGUAUUGCAAAAUACUCCUGAAAGUUGAUUUAUA